GGCAGAGUUGCGCAUCUCUCUACCACUCGAAGUGCAUGUCAGGACUUGUCAGAAACGAAGAGGGCGUGGCGAAAGGAGUCUAGCCGCGGGAGUGAAAGCUGAGCGGGAUCACAACUGUGUAGCAUUCUCAUCUGUAAUCGACGCCAGGAUUGUUCCUCUAUUAACCCCCUUGACAAAACAACGAUUUCAGCGUUACAUUCAGUGCUAGAUCGGCGCUGCAAUUGCGAUUUUCCUGGGAUGUUUAUUGACGUACGGUUCAUACAAUGGUAAAAUGUCACACGAGUGGACUUUGAAGCAACGGAAUUAGCUAACUAACUAGUUAGCUUUCUGCAUACGACCCCUAAUGACAAGGACCCAUCAACAUAACAUAAACUUUUUACUGCUAUCCUGUUACAACGAAGCGUCAACAAAGGCAGGCUGCAGCCGGUAUGGCCAGACCCCAGACCGACGGCGGGGUGGACAGCAGCGGACAGCAGCAGCAGAGCUGUCGCAUGGAGGCGCUGAGGCCCGAAGGCUCGCGGCAGGACGCGUGGCACCGGGGCAGCUUCCACGCCCUGCAGACGGGCUGCCAGCCCUGCCUCCCGCGCCGCGACAUCGCCACCCAGACCGCCUACAGCGCCGUGGCCCACAGCCCUCGCCCCGCGCCCGCCUGCGCACCCAGCGCACCCCCCUCAGGGACCGCCCACACCUCCGUUCCACAGAGUGCAGACACUGUGAGGGAGCAGGGCGGCAGUGUGGAAAGGCCUCAUGACGGACAGCCCCUGCCAGACCUGCUGCCCCAGAGACAGCGCCCCCUGGGGGAGCCCUCGGGGAACAGCCACGCUAGAGAUCAGGAGAUGGAGGACGAGGCAUCGGGGAGAGUGGCCGACCAGCUGCGCGUCAUCGGGGACGAGUUGAACGCCAUGUUCCUGCAGAGAAGGAAUGAUGCCCCACAGUUGCAGAACUGGAGAGGCCUCUGCUGGGGACUCUUUACCCUCAUCACAGACACCCUCAGCACUCUGUACCUCCGGCGAAACAGAUAGACUUCGGGAUGGGGCAGAAGGCCUCAGCUGGGACAGGGCAAAUCUGCUGGACCGGAUUGCCUUUUUGUAGAUUUUGUACAUUAUUUUCUAUCUUGGCUUUGUUUGUUUGUUUUGUCAGAUUUUUUUUAUUAUAAUUUUUUUGAUGUAGCAUUGUGGCAGGACCGUGUGGUGGUGUGAGUGUGUGUGAGUGUGUCUUUUGAGUGUGUGUGUGCGAGCUGCUCAUUCUGCUGGCCCAGUGGCAGAAUGUGUACCUUUUCUGAAAGCGUUGAAAGUGUGUUGCUGUGAAGGCCCUGUUUUGGGACGCUAGGUUUGGUGUACUCCAUAUUUCCACCACCCUGGCGGUAUGUACCACUCAUCCUGUCAGUCCACAGGUUACGGCUCUCUGGGGCAGCCUGCCCAUCUGUACUUAUGAGCCUUCGCUACCCCUUCUCAUCCUUGGGGGAGGCCAGUCCCGCCCCUCAUUACCAGGGCGAUUGCCCCUCCGAUUAAUCAGGAGGGGCCUUCAGGGUCCAAUCCCAGCAGGCCACUCCAUUGCCCAAUCAGCCAAUCAGCAAUCAGGUGUUUGGAUUAUGGCAGCUUUGCCUUCGUUAGGAUGGAGACGUGACCUGCCUCCCCCCCCCACACACACCCAGGGUGCUUGGACAUGGCCCCACAUUGCUGGGGCUUCAUCAAAACCUUAACUGGACGGGAGGGGGGGUGAGGCCAGCACCCUACCAAUUCAGAUGUGUACAUAAUUUAUAUUUUUUACGGACUUCCUUAGACUUUUGAGAGCAUUUGUUGCUGUGCCUCACUCCUCCCUCUACAGGAUUAAAUGCCUUGACCAGCGGUGGACAAUCCACUCUGGGUGAGUGGGCUCCGGCUGCACGUUCAGCUGUCCACGCACUUCCUGUUCUCGCACAUUCCACACGGGCCACGGCCUGCGGUCCUGUUCCUGGACUGGCACGCAGGCCGCCCGUGUAGCUUCGGCGUCUAAGGACCGUUGUCGAUAGUUGUAAGAAAUUCAUUUGUUUUGUAAAGUUGGGAAAAUUGCAGCAGCCAAGCUGGAUGUGACCAGCCGGGUCUAGACUGUUUCUCGGACUAACCUGUAGUCUCUCGAUGACAGUUAAUUGUCGUUUAAGUGCUUCAAUGGGAGUUCCCAGUUUUUCUGUUAAACCUUCAAGAAUUCUGCACUAUGAAUAUUUUUUUAUCGUGGACCAACAGUUGGAAGUGUUCUAACAGAACUUGUACAUGGGUUGAAAAUAAUUGUUGAAAAAUUGUUAGAAAAAUUCGAUCUCAAUCCAGUUUUUUAAGCAAUAUUUUGGGUUCAGAAACAUUUGGGUUCAGAAUUGCCUUUGAAAAAUCAAUUUUUGUUAUUUAAUAUGCAAACCACUCAAUAUUGGCUUAAAUGGCUGCCUGUGGAAGUUGUAUGGCACUUUCUGUACGCCAGAUCUCAAUGGUUAUCCAUAGUGACAUCCCCAAAUGAUAAUAAUAUAAUGAAAUGCCAUUUUUUCUACUAUGUAAGAACAAAUGUAAAAUAAUUAAUUUAUUCUUUUUUAAUGAAAACGAUGGUAUAGAUUUUUUUUUCUAAAGGCCAGUUGUGUUUUUUGGCUUUGUGUUUAAACUGGGGUGAGUGGAGAGACAUCGAAAACAGAGCAAGUUCUCUUGAGAGCGUUCCUUUGAUCGCACCGGUCCCUAAGUCCACGGUUUUCACAAACAAGACUGAAGAGAGCAGAGGCUGUCAACGACAGCGUCUGUGGUAACACUGCCGGAGCUGAUGGCACUUAAGCCCGUCUUUAUUUCCUGUUUGGAAAUGUCUUUACAAGCACCCAGCAAGGCAAGCAGAAGUAGGAUUAUAAAACUCAAACUACCCAGAAACAAGCCUCCCGUGGUCCGCCUGAGCCCCCCGCCCCCCUUAUUUACAUGAAUGAGAUCCAGUUUAGGACGCCGUUUAAAUGUAGCAUGAGUGAUAUACAUUAUUUCAUCUCUAGUCACUCCCUCAGACUGUGAUGUAAAAUACUGAAGGAAAUGAAACCACCAUCUUUAGGUUGCAUGAAUUUAAAAAAAGCAAGCAAACGUGCAGACGCAGUUGGCGUAAAUGUCAAAGUUCAAAGUGCAAAAAAAGGAUCAGCCUUACUGUAUCCUAAAGUAAUGAUGUGUCUGUGGUCUGAAGCUGUGUACAUUUGCUACUUGACAUUUUCUAUGUGAAUUUUCUAUGUGAAUUUUUGUAUUUUUUUUUUCCUU